AUGAAGAUCUCAUUCAGAAAAGCAAGGAAAGGAAACACCAAUAACAGUGGAGCUAAGAAAAAAUCGAAGUGGAAAAUAAGGAUUGAAGGUAAGAUUGGAGACAUAAGAAGAAAAAUAGGUAUAUUGACAAGCUAUUUGAGAGAUCCUGAAAAAGCAUCACUGAGGCAGAAGAGGUUGGUGGAUGAAAUAGUAGUACAGCAUAUUGGCUUUGCUCAACAGAAUAAAUUCAAUGAAACACUCGCACUCCAGAUGGAUAAAUUCAAGCAGAGACUUGCAGCACUUGCUAAUCUGUGUCGCAGAUAUACAGAGGCUGAGUCGAGAAGACAUCAGGCAACGUUAUUCUCCAACGAUGAAAGGAAAUAUUACAAACUUUUAAAUAGGAAUGAACACAGUGUAGUGCAACAUCCUGGUGUUGAAGAUAUGGAAAAAUGUUGGAAGGCUAUUAAGCAGGAGCCAGUUAUGCACAAUGAAAAUGCAUACUGGAUAGAUCAGGUGGAAAGCAAGAUGAGAGACCUUGCUGGAAUGCCACAAUGUGUAAUCUCUACAGAGGAUGUUUCUAUUGCAGUGAAGAAGAGUCACAAUUGGAAAGCACCAGGGCCAGAUGGUAUCCAAAACUAUUGGCUGAAGAAUUUUUUAAGCUUGCAAUCUAAGAUUGCAGGCUGCUUCAAUGACCUACUACAACAGAGAUCAGAAAUACCAGUGGGUUUUGCAUCUGGACUUAUUUUCAUGAUUCCGAAGAAAGAGGGGAAUCUGAGCCCUGGAGAUUAUAGACCAAUCACAUGCCUGAACAGUACUUACAAGCUAAUGACAUCCACGCUCGCUUCCAAGAUUGAUAGCCACAUCACUCUAAAUAAGAUCAUGGCAACAGAGCAGCUUGGAUGUAGGAAGGGUGCUAAAGGCUGUAAGGAGCUUUUGAUUCUGGACUCUUUUAUUGCAGGGCAAGCAAGUGCAAAGCAAAGGAAUGUAUCAAUAGCUUGGAUAGAUUAUGCUAAAGUAUUUGACUCGGUUCCACAUAGCUGGCUGUUGUAUGUUCUCCAGCUCUACAAGGUGGAUGAAGCUCUUGUGAACCUCAUGAGGAUGAUAAUGAGCCAGUGGAGUGUAAAACUGAAAAUAAGAAGUGGAGAAACACAAAUUCAGACUGAAUCAAUCCAGAUCUGCCAAGGAAUCUAUCAAGGAGAUAGCUUGAGCUCACUAUGGUUCUGCCUUGCAUUGAAUCCUCUUAGCCUGAUGCUCGAAGAAUCUACAUAUGGGUAUAAAAUAGAAGUUUCUAGGAGUCUUAGAGUUUCUCAUAGCUUCUAUAUGGUAUGGAUGAUCUGA